AGCUUCAUAAAAGGUGCAGCCUGCAGGGACAACGCUUCACUCCGUCGCAGCCAUGGCCUUCUGGGUACUUCUUCCUGUGCUGGUGCUGCUCCACAACACUGGAGGGUCCCUUGGAGCCGAGGUGAGGAGCUCCAUUGUGGGUGGGAAGACAGCUGAGCCGCACGCCUGGAAGUGGAUGGCCUACAUGAGGGUUUUAAAUGAAGCAAACGACGAGUGGGGCUGCGGCGCCACCAUCCUCACCGAGCGGUGGGUGAUGAGUGCUAGGAGCUGCUGGGAAAAAAAACAUAAACCAGAGUGGGAUAGGAUCACAAUUACUGUGGGCUCAACUGACCUGGACAACGGAUUUAACCAAAUGGUUGAAAUAGGGAGGGAGCCCAUAAACCACCCCACGGCCGACCUGGCUCUGUUCAUUACGAGCGAUCCGAUCAAGAUGAAUGACAAGGUCGAGUUCAUGACUCUGCCCUCCAAAGGCAAACUGGGUGACACUUCUCUGUGUUGGAUCAUCGGCUGGGGAGACGCCAAAAAAGGAAUUCCACUGGAAAAACCCCAAAACCUUCAACAGCGUAAGAUUUCCAUCAUUUCUAACGCCGAUUGCAAGAAGAAGAUCCCUGACCUGGGUCCCAAAGAGCUGUGUGCAAAGGACUAUGCCUGCGAUGGGGAUUAUGGCGGCCCGCUGGUGUGUAAGCAAGACAAUAGCUUCGUGCAGGUGGGCAUCAUGAUUUCCGGCAAAUGUGAUACCGAAGGCAAACCCGGCGUCUACACCCCAGUGUACGAGUACUUUGACUGGAUCAAAUCGUACAUCGAGACAAAGCCUCCCCUGUAAACCUCCAAGAAGCCGCUUCAAUCUUUAACGCCUCUCCCCUUGAAGAGUUGCACUCUCAGCCCCUGUUGUCCCUUUAUUACAGUUACACGCUCUCUGAUUUCUUCUUUGCAUUAAAGCUUUGAAUCAUCAA